GGCUGAAUCAACUGUGGCCACCAGGCGAGACUCACCUGUUGCUUGCUGCUCCCCACCUGAGAUCACUAGUGUCCAAUUCGAAGAAGUAAAAUAUACAGAUGGAAGAUGCAAAGCUAUUGGAUUUAGGAUGGUGACCAGAUUGUGUGCCAUGGCGACUUGCAGGAGAAUUAGGUCAUUUCACUGGCUGCACUGCCUCGGGUGGCUAUUCGUGCUGGUACCAGCACCUUCCUACAGUGCAGAUACCACACAAACUACAUCUGUUUUGAAAUUAUCAGGAGAUAGAGCGGUCAAAGAUUUCAUUCGAUUCAUUAAUGCAACUGAUGUGGUAGAGGCCAAGUAUAAACUCUCUAUUGAAUAUUUAUGUUCUGAACCGAGUACUGUUGGUGUUGAGGUGUUAGUUUCGACUGAUGUCAAAAUUGGCGUCACUGUUUACAGGAAAAAAUGGAAAUGUAAGAAACGUCUUAAUACCUUCAGCAAUCGGACGCUGUGGGUGAAAUUUCCAAGCAUCAUGUUAUACAGACCUGAUAAUUUGAUCAAACACUCCAUUGUCAUUAACAAUGUAAUAUUAAGAGCCUGGAUUAUAAAUACCAACCGGGGAGCAUCUGAGAAUCGUGAAGCAACUUUUUAUGAACAAGCAAUUGCUAGAACCUACAAAUUGCUGAAGACAUUCAGUCCUUUUGAAAGGCCUUACAAAGAUCAUGAACACUGCCUUCAGUGGGACACAGAGAAGAUAGAAGCAAUAAAAGAAAAGCAUAUACCCCAAUGCUUGCUUGAAAAUGAUGUUGUGGAACUGCUUUGUUUUCCAUUUGCGUUAACUGGUUUGAGUUAUGGAAUAACAAAAAGGUUAAAAAAAUUUAAUAACUUAGAAAUGGAACUGACUGGUAAACAACUUCUCAAUAACCCAAGGUUCACAAUAUCAAUCUGGAUUUAUGUCCUCAAAGCAUGCAAACGGCAUCUUUGUGGGAUCUUUCAUCAGAUCAAUGAAAAACAGAAGUAUGGCACCCCAUUGUUGUUUCUAACAUCAAAUGGUAAUAUUCACUUUCAGAUGAUGCUAUCCUCUGGAAAAAACAUUGCAGGAUUAUCGAAUUUCAAAGUGGUAUUGAGGCGAUGGUGUCGACUGGAUCUCACCAUGCAAGGAAGACACAUGACUUUGACUGUCAGCUAUGGAGAAAAACUGCAAGCAAGAGAAAAUGCAUUAUACACCUUUCCUGAAGAUGUCCAUCACAAUGUUUUAGCUGGAUACUUUGUACUUGGAGGCAGCAACUAUGUACAGAGUUUUGAGGGAUUCAUUGGUCCUGUGAAAUUUUACCGCGUCAUGGGUCAAAAAGGAGAAAAGAUUUCGAAUCCUCUUGUAAUUGCUCACAAUGUCGACAAACAUAUUGAUCGGUAUUAUCGAAAGUGCAAACAUAUCAAUCCACUCAUCAUCAAGUAUUUCAAGUCCCUUGGAUUACUCAAGACAAUAGAGAAAAGGACUAGAAACAAUGAUUACUAUUUACAGAUGCUGAAUGGGUCAAAAGACGAUGACGACAAUAAAUGCCCAGCACGUCCUUGGGGAAAAAGAACAGAGAAACGUUAUAAGGCAUUAUUUGAUUUGCUUCAAACAAUGGCUUCAGACUCCUUAAUAGAUGCCACUCAUUUACCAAAUUUACCUUCCAUACUUAUUAAAGUUGGUGAGAAACUUUACUGGAAGACAAUGGAGAAACUUACUGGUGCAGAUGGUAUCAAGCAGAUUGGACAUCAUAUAUCUUCAUUAAUAGAAGCCAGCUGCUGCGGCUAUUAUAAAGCCGCCUACUUGCUGGGAGUCAUUUUUGAGACAGGUCUGGGUGUGGAAGUACAAUCCUCAAAGGGCAUGUUGUACAGUCUGGUUGCAGCACAAGGAAAUGACAGACUUGCCUUACUGCAUCUUGGAUAUAAGCAUGAUCAGGGUAUUGAUGGUUAUCCCUUGGACUAUGGUGUGUCAUAUGGUUACUACAUAAACAUUGCCCAACGCACAGUUAAAGACCGUCAUGAUUUUGAUGUAGAACAGGCUUUUGUUGAACAUGUGAGGCUAAUGGAUGAUUCAGUUUUGCAGCGUCAAACUAAAGAAAAUGAAGACUUCUUUUUAUGGCUUAGAUAUCAAGCAAAACGUGGAGAUGCAUUUGCUCAGCAAAAACUUGCAAGAAUGCUGUACUGGGGCCAGCAGGGUAUAACACGUGAUGUGCAAAGUGCAAUGAAAUGGUAUUCCAGAAGUGCAAUGGAAUUAAAACAUCCCGCAUCAAUGUUUGAGUAUGGACUUUUUCUUAUUAAGGGUCAAGGUGUGAAAAAGAAUACAGAAUUAGGUUUAAGAUUAAUCACUGAAGCGGCUUCCAAGGGAAUCCCUGAAGCAAUUAACGCUUUGGGAUGGUAUUAUGAAACCCAUCAAAAGGAUUAUGUGAAAGCGGCAGAAUAUUGGAAUGAAGCUGUGAAAAGGGGCAAUCUCGAUGCCGUUCAUAAUCUCGGGGUGCUUUAUGAGAGUGGAACAUAUCCUGGCAAACCUCAAAAAAAUUUGACGGAAGCAUUUCCAUACUACUAUAAAGCUGGAUUUGGUGGACAUUUGGAAAGUCUAGUUCGUUGUUCCUUCUUUUGGAAUACAGGGAAUUUUGAAUCGAUUCCACACAACCCCAAACAGGCAGUCCACUGGGCCAGAUAUGUCGCUGAGCAAAAUGGGUUCUUGGGUUAUAACAUGAGAAGAGCUCUGGAUGCCUAUCUUCAGAAUUCUUGGAAUGAAGCUCUUCUGUAUUUCCUCAUCACAGCAGAAACAGGAAUUGAAUUAUCCCAGACAAACGUUGCCUAUCUCUGUGAAGAAAGAACAGAGCUCAUGAACAGCUGUGCUGAUUUUACUUGGAGAUAUUAUAAAUUAUCAACUUUUCAGCAGAAUGUACAUCCUUUCGUUCUCGUGAAAAUGGGUGAUUUCUACUAUUAUGGCCACAAGAACCAUGAAAAGGACAUCGAACAAUCAAUUGAGAUGUACACCUCUGCUGCAUUAUUGAAUUAUUCUCAAGCAUUUUAUAACUUGGGCUCACUGGCAGAGGAGGGUCUUCACAUUCCACAGAGUGUUUCAGAUCUCCUGAACCUGAACACAAGAAACCAAUUCACCAACUUCACACUUCAGCAGGAAUUAUAUGAGAGGUGUAUAACAGUUGAUGUUGAAGAGGCUUUUAUCCCAUGCUCGAUAGCUUUGCUUCGUGUUCACUUGAAAACAAUGUGGAUUCAUACCUACACUCCAGUUUUAUUAUAUACUGCAAUCUCAAUGCUCCUGUCCACAUUGAUUUGUUUUGCUAUGAAACGUUACUGGGACUUUACAGCAGUGGCCUCAAGUGUAAAUGAACAUACUCCAGAUUUGAACUCUUCCAGUGAAAACAUUCAGGCGGGUGAGGCAUUGUCUGAAGAAGCAUCAUGACCUCAAAGGUGCAACAGAAUCUCUGGAACUGAAUGAGACAAAGCCCAUGGACUAAUUGCAUCAUCGCCAGUCUGAUCGGAACCAUUAUGAAGAAAUUAAUUGAGAGCUUCUUUUUAGAAUAUUUCUACCCUUUGCCGAGUCACAUAGAUAUUUAGCACAGAAUCAUCUUGUCCAUCGAAGGUGACCUACAUUAGUGGUUCUGCUCCACAUAAACCAUUUCCCACUCUACUCCAUUAAACCGAUCAUCACAUUUCUACUAUUCCAUUGUUCCUCAUAUGCCUAAUCAGUUUCCCCUUACAUUAUUUCAUAAUUCACCUCAAAUGCUGGAUAUAGGAUCAACUCCCAUGUUCUUACCAUUCCCUGAAGGGAUAGCUCAAAGGUGAGAAGGACAACAUUUAAAGUAUAUGUGUUGGGCAGUACUUGGUGAGUACUUGGAACGUGCUGCUGGGGUAGUGAUGGCCGCAGAUACAAUAGUGUAUUUUAAGAGGCUGCAAGAUAGGUACACAGGUAUGCAGGGAAUAUGAAUGUAAAAUGGACAGAAGAGAUUAGUUUAAUUUAGCAUCAUGUUUGCCAUUGUGGGCCGAUGGGCGUUGUUGUGCUGUACUGUCUAUGUUCUAAUAAGAAUUAUUAACUUCCCUAUAUUUAUUCUGUUAAACCCCUUCAUAAUCGUGGGAACCUCCAUCAGGAAAUCUUUAGCCUUAAGGGUCCAGUUCUGCAUUUCAUGAUACAUUCCAGAUCUUCAGUUCUAGUAUCCUUGUAAAUCAUUUUAUAGAGAGGAAGACCAGAGCUAAGAUGAAUAUUCCAACUCUGGUCUCGCUAAAGUUCUAUGCAUUCUUAACACUAUUUCACUAUUUUGUUCUAUUCAUGAAAAAUUUCCCCAGGGCAUUGUUUAUAAGUUUACAGAUUUGUCAUCUGGUAUUUGAAUGUUUUACGAUGGUUUUCCUCUGUCACUUUGUUUUACUUUACCUUCCACACGUUUUAAUGAGGGUAGGCAGUCAAUGGAUGUAAUCAUAUGGCUAGAAAUCACUGACAUAAAGGCAUAUUCUGUAUCAUAUGAGCCAAUGUAAAUAUUGAUUAAUUUCACACACUUUCAAUUGAGCUACAGUAAGUUAUUUGGUCAAGUGAAAAAAAAGUUAACUGUAAUCUUAAAUGAUGAAAACACUGAAUAAAAAUAUUUACUUGAAUUACUUGAAUUAAUUACUUUAGGUAAUCAUUGUCAAAAAUCUGAUAUUGUCCAUUAGAUUAAAUACACUUAACUUCUCUCAUUAAGAAUAUAAAUAUUGCUCAGUAUAAUAAAUAACAGAGAAACUAUCACUCAUUCCAUAGAUGCUGCCUCUUUGCACAAUUUGCUGCCUACAGCACCUGCACCAUUUUCCUUUAGUACUGUUAAUUAAAUUGCUUUCUCCGAUAAAUGUAGCAAACAAUGCUUCCAUGUG